CAGAGUGAGGGGACCGGAGGACCGGAGAGGGGGACAGCGAUGCAAACACCAGCGGGUUUAAACCUCCGUUUCCAGUGAACCUCCGGUGCAGGAAUCCCAUGCCUUACUUUAAACUGACCGGCAGUAUGGUACCAGGGGCCGCGGCGUCUUAACCAUGAGAAUUAACCACCAAAAUCUGAAGGAGCGGGUGUGAGGCGUGAGGCGUGAGCGCUCGAGUCGCCUCGGACGCACCAUGGAGCCGGACAUCGUCCGCUUGCACCCCUCCUCUCCGCCCCCGCUGGAGGACGCACCCGAGGAGGAUGAAGACGACUUCGGUGGCUUCUCAGGGGUGUCCGCCAGCGUCAGCUUCAGUGAGUUUGAGACGCCCGUCGGGUUCGGCCAGUCCCACGCCGCAGACACCUCUCCCCCGGGUCUCUUCAGCCCCGGCUCUGCAGGCCACAGGCAGGGGGCGCCAGGCAGCGGGGUGUCUGAUGAUGGCCUCCGUGACCCUGGCAGCAGCCGUGACGCCUCCGUCAGCACUGAGAAUCUGAAGCGUCUGCCUGUCCCACCUGUGGGCAGGUGGGCUGAGCACAGCCCCCAUGACUGCAACGGGGACGUCGCUGAGGUUCUGACCAAUGGGUUUGCAGAGCUGAACACAGAGGGAGACCCCUCGGGGGGACCACGGCCUGAGGGCAGGUGUGCCUGUCACUUUGACACACCUGUGGAGCGCAGCCAGGCCCCUGGCAGGGCAGAGCACACCGAGAACCGGGGCCAGAGGACACCUCUGCACUGCAAAGCAGGGUCAGCUCAGCCCAGCCUGGAGGAGAACGGCGUCACAGACUCACACAGUACAGGGUCAGCAUCUCCAGCGGGGGCCCCAGAGGGCCUGGCCAAUGGGGAGGUGUGCUGCUGCGGGGGGGAGGAGUCUGAGCACAGUGACACCGAGCCCUGCACUGCGCAGCGGGGGUCCAGCCGGGCCCACACAGACGACGCUGCUGGGGAGAGGGAGGGGGAGGCUGGGUGGGCGGGGCAGUCCGCCGUUGCCCCUGGUGCGGUCGGCGGAUCAGCCAGCGAGGACUUUGGGGAAUUCAGCACCGCAGGACCUGUCCCGUCACCAUCCUCACCAGAAUCUGCGUCACCCGCUGACCGCCCCGAGGAGGACGCGGGCGGCAGAGACCUCAGCCAGGCGCGGUCCGAGGAGCGGGACGGGUUCGCUGAUUUCGAACCCACAGACGCGGGGGAGUUUGGAGAUUUCGGAACACCGGAUCACUGUACAGGGCAGGAGGCGGAGCACAGCCAGGGGGACGUUGCGGGGUUUCCCGGCAGCGACAGUUUCGCAGACUUCUGCUCUGCCCCCGUGGGUGCAGACGCAGACGCAGAAGGAGGCUGGAAUGCAUUCGGGGAGCAGGAGGAGGGACAGGCGGGGGGGCAUUCUUGGGCCUGUUUCACAGAGGAACAAAGCAGCGUUCUGUCGGAGGAGAGCGAAGACAGGUGGAGGAGCUGCACUGCGGCCACAGCACCCCCUGCUGGCAGCCCCCAGACCUGCAGGAGGGACAGUGUGUCGGCGUCUCUGGCGGCCCGGCUGGACCGGCUCUUCCGGGUCAGUUUCCCCGAGCGGCCGGUGCCGGAGGCCCGGGGCGAGGUCCGGUCCCUGAGGGUGCUGCUAGAGCCUCCGGACGGGCAGCGGGAGGCAGGGGAGCACCAGAGCACCGGAGUCCACAGGGAGCUGCAGGCUGUGUGGAGGCAGCUGCAGGAUGUGGACGAUGCUGUCGGCCUGAGGUACCAGUGGGGUGGUUCCCAUAGCAACAAGACACUGCUCUGCUCCCUGGGUAUCGACACCAGGAACAUUCUGUUCACAGGACAGAAGAAACAGCCUGUGAUUGUGCCCAUGUAUGCUGCAAGCCUGGGAAUGCUAGAGCCCACCAAAGAACCCCUGAAGCCCAUGUCAGCUGCUGAAAAGAUAGCAUCCAUAGCACAAGGACCUCCUGGGUCUCCAGACAUGAGCACCUCACCAGACCCCAGCCAGGAGGCGCUCCCACCCGUCCAGUUUGACUGGAGCAGUAGUGGCCUUACUAACCCUCUGGAUGCUAGCGGAGGUUCCUCUCUGCUCAACCUCGAUUUCUUUGGGCCCGUGGAAGACACUAGUUGUAGCAGCGCCAGCUCAUUGCCAGGUGUGGACCUGGAGCUGUAUGAGCUGCCUGGAGCCAGACCGGAGUCCGGCAGCACCAGCAGCCCUGUCUCUGACGCCUUCGCCCGCCUCAUGUCCACAGCAGAGAGGACCAGCACCUCGGCCAGGAGACCCCGAAAAGAGGAGCACCUGAGUGAGGAGGCAUCCAAGGUGAUCGUGAGGUUGCCAGACCUGUCCUUCAUGCAGGCCAAGGUGCUGAUGUUCCCCUCCACGCUCACCCCACUGUUCAGCUCCGUCCAUGCACCUGAGUGACCCCGCCCACACCUGGCUGCCACACCCCUCCCUGCCUUCCAUUCCUCCACUCAGCUCUCUCUUCCUUCUGCUGUUUGUCCAA